AUGACUGUUGAGGUUAAGGUUGAGGAGACCCUGGUGGCUGAAGUUGGGGUUGUUCCUCAGGAGGAGCCCAUGAAGCCUGUGAUUGAGAAUGAGAAAGUUGUUGAAGGAGAUGAUAAGGUGAAGGAAGUGGCUGAGUCUGGAUCCAAGCCCAGAGCAGUUGAGAAGAGCUCUUCUUAUAAGGAAGAGAGCAACUUUCUCUCUGAUCUGAAAGAGUUUGAGAGGAAGGCUUUGAGUGAGCUCAAAUUGAAGCUGGAAGAAGCCAUUUUGGGCAACAAUAUCUUCAAGAAAGAGGAGCCAAAGGAGAAUGAGGAGAAGGAAAAAAAAGUAGCAGAGGAGGAAGAGAAGAAGGAAGAGAAGGAGGACGAGAAGAAGGAAGAGAUAGCGGAGGAGGUUGAUGAAAAAAAGACAGAGGAAGGAGAUGAAGUACCAGUAGCUGAAGAGAAAGAAGCAGCAGCCCAAGAAGGUGAGGAAGAGAAGAAGCCUGAAGAGGGGUGCGAAGUGGACAAGGAUAUCUCUCUUUGGGGUGUGCCCCUUUUCCCUGGGAAAGGGUUUGAAGGCACUGAUGUGGUGCUCUUGAAGUUCUUGAGGGCUAGGGAGUUCAAGGUCAAUGAAGCCUUUGAGAUGCUGAAGAAAACCCUUCAAUGGAGGAAGGAGUCUAAGAUUGAUUCAAUCUUGGAUGAAGAUAUCUGUGCUGAUCUGAGCUCUGCUGCUUACUUGAACGGCGUUGAUCGCGAAGGCCACCCUGUGUGCUACAACAUUUUGGGGUGUUUGAUAAUGAGGAGCUUUAUCAGAAAACUUUUGGAAAUGAGGAGAAGAGAGGGCAGUUCUUGA